GUGGCUUCUCCUGGGCCCAUGGCUCCUACCAAGAAAACCAAGACCAGGAAGCUCCGAGGACACGUCAGCCACGGACAUGGUCGCAUUGGCAAGCACAGAAAGCAUCCUGGAGGUCGUGGUAAUGCUGGUGGUAUGCAUCACCACAGAAUUAACUUCGACAAAUACCAUCCGGGGUACUUUGGUAAGGUGGGUAUGAGACACUACCACCUGAAGAGGAACACAACCCACUGCCCCACCAUCAACCUGGACAAACUGUGGACGCUGGUGAGCGAGCAGACCAGGCUCAACUAUGGCAAGAAGCCCGAAGGACCCGCCCCCAUCAUCGAUGCUGUGCGCGCUGGUUACUACAAAGUUCUGGGCAAAGGCAAGCUGCCCAAGCAGCCUGUGAUCGUCAAGGCCAAGUUCUUCAGCCGACGUGCCGAGGAGAAGAUCAAGGCAGUGGGAGGAGCCUGCGUGCUGAUGGCAUAAUGCUCCUGUCAGUGUGUUUUUGCAAAAAUAAACUGUAUAAAUGGGA